AUGAAUGAAAUUCAACAAAUUUUGAAGCUAUUUUGUAGUUUUCAGUUAUCGUGGACGGACGACUUUUUAAGGUGGGAUCCGAAUUCAUUCGGGGGUUUAUCCAAGAUACAAAUUGAUUCUCAUCUUGUCUACGGAGAAUGGAAUUUCGAUGUCAUUUCUUUCGCAGUUUCAAAUCUCAAAUUUGAUAACACCGAUUAUGAUGUAUCUUCAUUUAACAUAUCGAUACGAUUUACACGCAAUCCUUUGUUCUUUGCAGUCAGUGCACUUUUCCCCGUCGUACUUCUCUCCUUCUUAAACGUAUUUGCAUUUUGUCUGCCGGACAAUUCUGGAGAAAAGACCUCAUUUUCAAUCACAUUAUUGUUGGCUUUAGCGGUAUUUCUGACGUCCAUUGAAAGUUCUCUUCCAAAAUCUUCUACGAACGUAAAUUAUAUUACGUUGUACAUCACAUCUUUGUUAGUCAUAAGUUGCCUGAUAGUAAUGACCAAUAUAUUUCUCUUGUACUUUCACCAUAAGCUCCAACGAAAGGAGGAGUGGGAACGGAACCAUGACACCGCACAGGAUACCACAGACAAUACACUGACCCACAGGAUUCUCCAAAAGCUGAAGUUAGUUUAA